AUGUUUGCAGAUGAACGGGCCCACGGGCGACUCAAAUUUGGCACAAGCGUAUUCCACGCGUAUGUGCAUCGGUGGUCUUGCCAGCUGCGCUGGAAUCCCCGGCUUAAUCUGGGGUUUGGACUUUCUGAUGGUGAAGGAAGCGAGAGGGUGUGGUCUGGCCUGGAUUCCCUCAUACCUCCACUCAGGUACGCCACCGCACAACACCGGGUGAACGCGAUCCACAUGCGUUCAGCUCAUGUCAAUUCACGGCUGCGUCAUGAAGCGGUUUAUCAUCUAAUAAGGAAGACAACUGAGGCUAAGAAGCGCCUUGAAGAGGCUUCAGAGACCCUUAGGACGCUGUCGACCCCGGGCGAGGGGUGCCCUGGACGCGAUUCUGCCUAUUUUGAGGCCAAGUGGAUGGCUCAACGAACGCGACAGCUAGAUGCAAUGACUGAGAGACAGCAAGCAAAAAGAGACAAGAUAGCUCUGUUACUCGGUCUGGAGGAAGGCCUUCAUGUUACUCUCGCUCGACUCGCCUUCAUGGAAGAUACUGAUAGAAGAGCAAGAACCCAAGCUGAACGAAAUGAGCUGCUGGCCCUUCCUAGGACUGUGGCUGAUAUUGAAGAUUGGAUUGAUGCUGUGGCGAUUCAGCUUGGGGGUGCUGAGUUUCAAAACAUUUUGGGUGCCCAAAAGAAUCAAAAAACCGCACUUGUAGCGCUGUCUGUUGCGCGGGGGUGCUUGUAUGAAGCGAAAGUCGGAGUAAUCGAAUCAAGGCUACGGCGUCAUCGCAGCUCAGGUGACCAACGAUUGUACGUAUUUAUCCAGACCCGACCUGACGCAUAUGCCAUCUCUGCCACCAGGAACGAGAGUACAGCAGCAGCACGCACGCCAGUGUAG